CGUAACCACGCAUUCUUUGGGGGGGUCGUGUCCCCCCCAAUGUUGAGAAAAUACUAACCUGUCCCCCCCAAUAUACAGCAGGAUAAAAUGUAAAAUAUAUGACAUGUUCUCUUUUUAUGAACCCUGUCAAUGGAUCGGUCUCUUGUUAUGUCUUAUUUAUUUUCAAUUUAUUUCCGUUUGUUAAGAAUCCCCCCUCCUAAUUGUACACUUGUGCGAUUUAGUUUGAAACCACCUCGCGACUUUCUGCGUUGUCAUGGUUACCCCACACUCUUUCUUCAGUGAGAGCCAAGAAAGUAAAGAGUAAUGGAGGAUUUGAGGUUACCGGUACGUAAAAAGCAGAAGAAACUGGACCAACAGCCAAGCAUACGGAGUUUUUUUCAGACAGUAAGUAACUUGAUACCGAGCUUUGAGUAAGCAAAUAAAACGAGUAGCCUCGUAAAAGCAGAAUAUUAAAUAUAGCUCAUGAAGGUCAGUCGCUGUUCUUUUGAUAAAAUGACAUGGUUACGAUGCAGGCAGCACAGAGAGAGAAGGAGAGAGACAGCCUAGACAGGCAUGCUGAAAGCAGUGGCCAGACAGGGACGUGCUCUGAACAUGCAGGUGAUCAGGCAGCACAGACAGACAGGGAGGCAGAGAGGCAGGCUGAAAGCAGUGGCCAGACAGGGGUAUGCUCUGGACAUGCAGAUGAUCAGGUGAGGAAUGAAUGUGAAAUAUAAUGCAAUUUAGUAUUGCACAAAGACAGUCAUUUUAAGUAUGAAGCUAAGUAAGGCAUUACAGGUACCUGCAUCUUGUGUAUGAUAAGUGAAAAUAUACAGGUAAUUCCAACGCUACACGUUAUAUUUCAGGAGACUGACAGGGAAAGAGAGACAGAGCCAGGCAGAGGAGGCAGUGGUUUAGAUCAGCAUAAGGAGGAGCUUGGUACCUGCCCACACCAGCCCAAUACCCGCUUUAUCGAAACUCAGUCCCUGAAAAAUAAAACGCUCAAAUUUCAGGACAGUUGGUUUAGGCAGUACAAAUGGCUUCACUACAGUCCCUCACUGAAAGGUGUGCUUUGUUUUUAUUGUUCCAAAUAUUUUGGAGAACAGAAAUCCGCUUUAGCCAGUAAGGCUGAUGGUGCUUUUAUCAACACUGGUUUCAGUAAUUGGAAAAAAGCUCUCCAAAGGUUCUCUGAACAUGAAGACAGCGAUUGCCAUUCAGCAGCGGUGACAACAUAUUUGCACCAAAAACAGCCUGUCAGUACUCAACUUUCCUCUCAGUUGCAAAAGCAGCAGCAGGUGGCCAGGAAUAGUUUCUUGAAGAUUGUGGGGGGGGUGAUGUGCUUGGCCAGACAGGGCAAUGCUUUAAGGGGGCAUGACAACAAAGAGGGCAACUUCCACCAGUUAAUUAAGUACAAGGCAGAGGGUGAUGAAGAACUUUCAAGCUGGCUUCAGCGGCACAACAAUUUCACCAGCCCCAAAAUUCAGAAUGAGGUCCUUCAAAUUGUCAGCAACACAAUUGUACGCGAAAUAACACAGGAAAUCCACUCAUUGCCAGUGGUUCAGUUUUCCCUUAUAAUUGAUGGGACACAGGAUGCAGCAGGAGUUGAGCAAGAGUCCUUCUGUCUGCGCUUUGUUGACAAAAACUUGCAGCCCAGAGAGGAAUUCAUAGGCCUGUAUCAGGUCACAUCCACAACUGGAGAAAACAUAGCUAGUGUAGCUAAAGAUGUUUUGAUUCGCCUAAAUCUCCCACUUUCACAGCUACGAGGUCAAACCUACGAUGGGGCAGCCAAUAUGUCUGGCAGGAUGCAAGGUGUGCAGGCUCAUAUCAAGAAAGAGCAGCCUCUUGCAGUAUAUGUUCAUUGUGGGCCACACUGUGUCAAUUUGAUCACCCAAGCUGCCUGUGUAUCCGCCCCCGUUAUAAGAGAUGCAAUGCAGUUAGUGCAUGAGUUGGGCGUUUUAUUCAAUCAGUCUGGGAAGUUCAAGGCUAUCUUCACAGCUGUAGCAAAGUCAGAUCGAACAGCUACGCAUACAUCUUUGAAGCCUCUCUGCCCCACCAGAUGGACAGUCCGAACGCCAGCCAUGCGCUCUGUCCUCUCACAAUAUGAAUCUGUGCUCACAGCCACAGAAGAGUCUCAAUCCACCACGAUGGAAAUGUCUGCAAGAGCCAAAGAUGUCAUGGCUGUCAUGGAGGAGCUGAACAUUUCUCUGCAGCAGAGAAGCCAAACUACAUCAGGGAUGCUGGCUGCUGUAGACCAUGUGAAAAGAGGCCUCCAGGCCAAAAGAUCUGAAGUGCACUUUGACUGGCUGUACUCCAGAGGUUCUCAGAUUGUCACAUCUCUUAAUCUGCAGCCAAUCAAGAUGCCUCAUGUGCGGCAGCCUCCGAAGCGCUUCACUGGUCCAGCCACAUCACAUUCUCACUCCACUGCCCAAGCGUACUACAGAAUGCAGUACUACAAUACCUUGGACACUGCUGUGGUGCAAUGCAAUGAGCGCUUCAGCCAGGACGGGCUUCAAAGACUGCAAAAAUUAGAGGAUGUACUCAUCUCUGGGAACAUUGAUGCAGUUGUGGAUGAAUACCCAGAGUUGGAUGCCAUGGCUUUAGAAGUGCAGCUGAAAAUGUUCCAGGCCAACUACACUUGUACAACUUCCUCAGAGGUAGCAGACACUUUCCGGGAAAUGGUGCCAGAGGUGCGACAUCUUUUCAAGCAAGUCGAGAUCCUUUUGAGACUGCUGAUGGUUGUUCCUGCCUCCUCAGCAGAGGCAGAGCGAAGUUUCAGCGCCUUGAGACGGCUGAAGACAUGGCUGAGAACCAUGAUGACGCAGACCCGGCUGAACAACGUUGCCAUUUGCCAUGUUCAUCAGGAAAAGUUGGAUGCUUUGGACAGGAAACAGAUCUGUCAGAGCUUAGUUGAGCUUAAUAAUGAACGCCUCCAGUCAAUGUAA